AUCGAUGGCCUCGAAGGAGUAGGAGAGGACGAGGAGGAAGGAGGAGGAAGAGGGAGAGAUAGAGACCAUCGCAAUCUGCUUUCCAAUCUGCAAUUCUUCUUAACUCCCGAUCAUCCGAUCGCCCUGUUUCCACUUCGCCAUUCUCCCUGCCCUGCCCCCUCAAUUCUGCUCUCCCUUCCCCCACCACCCACCACCAUAGCUGCGCUCAAUUCCAGCUGAUGUCCAUGCAAAUCGUCCGCCUCGUGUUCGAUUUUGGUUCUGCCUCAAGAUUCGGACUUCGUUGCGGGUUUGGAGGGGAUUCGUUCUUCGCAGCACCGCGCCAGUUGGGUUUCUCGUUCGGAUUCUCUGCGUUUUUCUGUUGUCAUGAGAUUGCAGGAUUCGCACCGGAGGAUUUGCCGUGAUUUGAGUUUUUGAGGAUUAGAGCUUAUGACGGGAUACACUGGGUGUGAUUGCAUUGUUGGGAACUUCCUAGUUUGCGCAAGGUCAGCCCUGCGAGUUGCGUGAUGAUGAUGUCAAACGUAGACAUCGCCCAGUGAUUUGUUUGAGAUUCGUGUAAUUGGGGUGGACCAUUAUCGCUGCAUUGCGCUUUUCGGGUUAAUUUUUGCUUCGUGAAGAAGUGCUUGAUUAUUAGCUCGAUCGGAGGUUCGGCAGAUUGGAUUAUGGAUAUUUCUGCUGAUCACGGUGUUUUGGCGGCGCUAUUUGGCUGAAAAUCGGAGCAACGUUUUGGAGGUAAUGGCUGGUAUUUGGAACGUCGAUGAUCUAGAUCUUCGAUUUCUUGGAAUUUGACCGUGGAUUUCUUUUUAAAGUGCUUCUACGUUCAAUAGUUUGGUAGACCGCAACAGCAAGCUAAAUUCAUCGUCAUCGCCGAUUCUCUGCCAAGAGAUUGAGGUGGUCGUCGAUUUUAGAGCCAAAAUCAGGUGUACAAUCUUGGAUUCAGCAGGUGAAAUUCAAGGUGAUGGAUCGUUUUGCAUGGUUUUCUAUUUCAAUUUCUACGGGUAGUCUCAUUAGUGGAAGAUCGACGGAGAAAUGUUACGCUGGGUCUACCUGUCCUCGCCCACUCGAUAUCCUGGAUCUCUAACCCCGUCAAAGGUUUAGAGUUGCAGUUGAUCUUACUUUUCUAAUUAUUCCGUCGCAUAGGCUGAGGGUUCAAGCUGUAAAUCAUGUAGUCUACGAAGGAAGUCAAAGGUGACAGGGAGGCCUUGGCUCCAAUUAACUUGGGAUAGAUUUUUAGUUUUGUUAAGCCAAUUGAGCGUACGAGUUUGGGGUCCUCAUAAGACCACGAGAUCAUGAAUUGAAUAACUGUUAUAUACGAGUUAUCAGAAUCACGACCUCGUAAUCUUAAGAAGGUGCACGAAAGCUAACUGUUUGAAGUGGGAUAGAUCCUGAAGGUUUUUAUUCAUACAUGCAGCGAAGUGAUUUUUUUGCAUUCUACUCAUCUAAACGGAAGAUUUUUCUAAUUUUUGAACCGUGAACUUGCUAGUAAGCCUCAACCUUUUUGUGGCUCUAGUUGAUGCUAUCUUUUUGGGACAAUUCUCGUCAAGAGAAAUCUUCUUCUCUUAGAUUAUUACCGAUAAUUACUUGCUAAUGUUCGAGUAUUGCUCUAUAGUUCGCAUAUUGCUGACGGUGGGGCGUGGUUUUCACAGUUGUGGUAGCAGGAACGUCCUAGCAGGAUGUUAUCAACAUCAUGCAUGAUGGUUAAAAAUAUUUCUCGUUAACAUUUCGAUGAGUAGUGUGAAAGUUCUGUGGUACCAAAGUGCACCCUUGCGAUUUCAAGAGCACACUUCAUGUUUUUAUGAAAUUUUGCAAUUCGAAUCGGAAGAGCUGCUCCUUUAAGGUGGCAUCUCAAGUCAUCUACAUGACCGUCAUUUCAUUGUCGAAAACUUCACUGGAUAAUGACGUACUGAGAGAAAUGAUAUUGUAGUCACAGAUGUCUUAGCACAUCCCUACUAAGUAUCUUGUGACACAGAAGUUGAGGAGAUUUCAAAUUGUACUCCAGCUGCAAGCAUGCUACAUGCUUGGAAGUUCCGCUGGGAAGUUCAAUGUGACUUCAAGAGAGGUGAAGGGUGCUUAUUGCCACAGCUUUGAGUGCAUUACUCUAAAGAAUUUGAAGUGGUCUUCUAAAGUGGAGCAACAAUGCCUCUUGUGCGGUAUGAGGUGCGGUGUGAGCACAGUUUGGCCAACCCAGAGCUGUAUCGUUCUGCUGCUCGUGAUGAUCCGGAAAGUCUACUGGAGGGUGUGGCUAUGGCGGGACUUGUUGGUAUUGUUCGCCAGCUUGGAGACCUCGCUGAGUUCGCAGCAGAAAUAUUCUGUGGCCUACAUGACGAAUUGAUGACCAUAGGAUCACGAGGUCAUGACUUGAAUAUGCGAGUGCAGCAAUUAGAGGAUGAGCUACCUGUUGUGGAAAGGGCUUUGCUUUCAGAGCCAAACCAGCUCCGGUUCGCCUAUACCACUGGGGCUGAUUGGCAUGCCAGUAUACGCAGCGAUCAGAACCACUGUACCUCUGGUGAUUUACCACGAUUUGUGCGCAACUACUACGAAGACUGUCGAGGGCCUCCCCAGCUUUUCCUACUUGACAAGUUCGAUGUGUCUGGAGUUGGAGCUUGCUUGAAGAGGUACACAGAUCCUUCUUUUUUCAAGAUGGAAUGGGCUAGUACUGAGUUGUUAAGAGCUCAGCGAGAGCAGCGUGACAAGAAAGUUCGUAAAGAAAGGAAAAAAGGAAUGCGACGCAAGUCUGGACAGCCAGUGGCUGCUAUUAAUAAAAUUCCUGCCAGGGUACGGUAUGGUUCGGCAAGCCUGGAGGAUUUGGAAGGACUUCCUCAUGAUUUAGCAUCUGUUUUGAAAGUCGAGGAUCCAGCACCUUCACAUCCAGGUGCCAGUCGCGGAUCUGGUCCGUUACCACCUGAAGGUGUUCUGCGUGGUUCUGAAGAUAUGUUGGUUAAAGAUUCAUCCAUACCUGCGUUAAGACCUAUUCAAGUUUUAGCAAGUUCACACAUUUCUUAUGUGAAGAAGUCUUCCAAAAUCAGUAGUGAGGAUUCUGAAAGUGCUAAUGUGGCUUUGGAUGUUCUCAGUACCAAGGGUUUGAAAUCUCUAGAUGGGUUAGGAGAUUCUGCUGACAAUAAUCAAAUUUUGCAUGCGGAUUUUAAAGAAACAAAUGAGGCUUCACAAGAGGAUUCUGGAGUAUUGGCUAGAUCUCGCUCAGUAAGAACCCCAGUAGGGACACCCAAGGGGACUGCAAGGAGUGAGUUCACUAUGGAACAUAGGGAAGGAGAGAAAUCUUCAGGUAGCACACCACGUAGGACAGAGUCCCCUAUGCUUAUGAGAUAUUUUUCUAGAAGAAGCGUUUAUGCGGAUGCGCAAGAUUCCGUACUCUUUUCAGGGAAGUUUUCAUGGAGGAGGAAUUUAGAUGGUGAUGAAGCAUCCCCUUUGGAUGGUAGAUAUUCAAUGCAAGUCUCUAUGGCAAGGUCAGGCAUUUCCGGGAGUGAAUACGAUGAUUUUGUCGAUGCACAAUCUAGAAUAGGAUCCGAAGGUGAGUCCGAUUUUGAUUCCCCUGUAAGUGUUCAAAGAGCGACACAUUUCGAUGGAGAUGAGCUCAACCAUGCAGCCUUGAAGAAUCACGUUGAAGCUCAGAAAGCAUACAUGCCACCAGGCAUGGAGCUCAUGGAUUAUCAACAAUCUACACCUACACCUGGAAAGUUGUCAGAAAACUCAGAUGAUGUUACUCAGAGGAAGGAUGUCCAACCUACAGAUAAUGGCAAUGGCGCGGUUCCAAAAAGUUCGUCUAUUUCUACUAUAUUAUACGAGGGUUCUACUGCAUCCUCAGUUUCAUCCGGCCAAUCUCAUAUCAUUGCUGGUGUUGCCAUUGUCCGGGAUCAGCAACCAGGACCUCCGAAAACAGACAACCGUUCUUGUGAACUCUUGAGGGGUCAUGGGAAUGGAAACUUAGAUUCUUAUGUUCAGGUAGUCCCGGCUUUGGCUAUUUCUGAAGGACCAGAUGAAUCUAAUCUGCUGUCGACUGCCACUAAUCCGACUUCCACCUCCUUAGGCUCUUCGUCAAGUGUUACAAUUCCAACUCAUGAAGGAUGCGAUGUAUUGCAGCCUAGCUUUUCCAUGUUCCAUCGCCAUUCUAUUUCAAGUGAGCUGAUUUCAGUGUCUAGUGACUCAGAACCGCCUUCUCCUCCAUCACCACAUUCUCCUGCCUUCCACACCCUCUAUUCACCUCGAGAAUUUCCCCCAAGGGCGUCGAAUAACGAAGUGAAUUCUCUACUCAUAUCCUCUCUGAGACCUUGUUCGCCAGGAACAAAAAAGUCCAACCUCAGCAGUCCUUCUUUAGGAGAGGUUCCUGUGCUAUCCGAAUCACCUAUAUCUUUUCCAAGAUCUCCCCACCAUGCUUUACCUGUAAUGAGCGAUCCCCCAGUUGCAGAUGUUCCUUUAAAGCCUGAGCCAGCCCGUCUUCCUAGUCGACCGGGAGUCCAGCUCUACCCUCUCCCUACACCACCUAUGGAUACUGAACUGGAUAAUAUCUCGAAUUCUAGAGAAUUGAGUUACGCUGUACCUAAAGUCUUUUGUGGGCCUGAUAUUCUUGGAAAGCAUGGAGAAUCAGCACGCACUCUACCUGCUGAUGAGGGUGAUGUCCACCCCGUGCUGAAGUCGAGUCCAACAUCAGUGCACGACACUGUGACCGCAAUGAAUGAACGUGCUGGUCGUUGUCAACCAGUGCCGCUUCCUGUAGUCAGUUCAAAUGGAGGCGACAUUCCCAGAUCUCCUCAAUGUGGUACUCCUUGGUAUCCUGCAUUUUCUGAAUCAACGAUACCUUCUUCAGGACUUUAUCCACGCACCAGCGGUAGUCCUGGAUCAAGUGUUCCCUCCAGUCCUUUAGGAAGUCCUGAGGAGAGUUCUCAGGGAAUUCCCCUGUCAAUUUCAAGUGCACUAGCCACACCUAAUCCUCUCGGAGGUUUUGUGUAUGAAGCUUCUUGCAAUUCUUCUCAAAGGGAUGAAAGUAGCGCACCUUCGAGUCCCUCAGGUAGUGUCAUCAUCAGAGAUAGCCCUCCAGAGAGUCCUCUAUCAGCUUCAACUGGUAGCGACUUUGAAAGUGGUGACUUUGAUGCUAUACAAGGUCGGCCUGAAACGUCUGGUUCAGCUGGAUUCUUUGGGCAAGUGAAGAAAGAACCACUCUUCAAGCGAGAGGGCUGUGUUGAUGUAGCCCCAUCAAUUGUGAGAGUGAAAUCCAAAUCACUGCAGGCUGCAUCAAGUCCGGAAAAAACUGAGAGCUUACUUUCUGUCUCUACUUCAAAUUCCUCAGAGGUGGCUGUGGAGAUCUGUUCCAAAGUUUCCUUGAACAAUGCUGCUACAAAUGGCUCAGCAGAUCAUUCAGUUUCUCAAGAGGAAAUUGUUUCAUCUCGUUGUUCAUCCCCUAGGCCACAGGUUAAUCCCCUACCUGCUACUUUGAAGCACAUCUCAACAUCAAGAUCAAGCACCAAAGCUUAUACGACAUCAAGCUCUCCACCAAGUUCGCCUAGAAGGGAAGAACAAUCCUCAAACGUUCAGUGGCGUGAGAAAGCGGUGCCUCCUACCACACCCCCCAGAGCUGCGUUCAAACUUCCAUAUAAUCCACCGUUGCGGUCACCGCUACGUUCGCCGUUGCGCUCGCCCUUACACACACCUAGAUCUUACUUCUCGGAGACUGGUUCUUUGAAAUGGCUUGGCCGAGUGGAUCCUGGGCUUUCUCCUAAACCGAAUUUUUCACUUCCUCCAAAUCUUGUGUGCCACUCUGGUACCAGCUCACCAACUUGUUCACCUCACCCACAGCUGGAUCUGGAUUCACCUACAAAGAGUAACAUUAUGUCAGAAGCUUCGGAGGAUUUGGGUUCUGCGUGUGCCACCGUAGUACAUCAAUACAAUGGAGAUGAGAACGAGGAAGAACAUGAUCUUCCAGACUUUCCCAAUCAUCCAGCCUCAGUGUCUAUUGUGGAUGAUAACUUAUCCUAUAAACGCGUUGUUGAGGAUGACUACGAAGAUGAUUAUUUGGCACCUAAUGAGCCUCAAAGAGUGGUACGCAGUGCAACAAGUUGUUCAAGCCCAUCUCAGGUGUCAACUUGUUCUCUCAAGGAUGUUUCUUCUUCCGAAGCAGUGUGUCUGGAACCUCGUGUCGUUAUCAGAGUACCAGAAGUCGAGCAAUUACCUGUGCCAGCUGCGAGUGAAGUUGAUGCAGAUGAUGCAGCUCACUUUCUCGAGCAGGCAAAGGUGUCAUCUCGAGGAGCUGAAGAUCUUCGAGAACUUGCACUUUCAAGAAAUGCAGACACGGAGGUCUGGUAUUCGGACAGCAAACAAACGUCACCGCCCUUUAGUGAGGGAGCAGGGAUCAAUCUCAAUCUUGAAGAUGCGAACGAUUCUCGUGGUAGCGCGGCGGUUGAAUGUGAUCAAGAACCAUCACCUACUCGGUGGGAAGUGGCAGAGAGAAUUCACAAAUCCUCUAAUGAGGCAGGCGUUUGUGCCACUAAUUAUGGCAAUGACAAAUUUUCAUCUUCUUCAUCUAAGGAGGCAGCUAGAAGUCACGUCUACGUUUCUGUAAAUGCAGCAAAUAUUUCAAAUGGUGGAGCACAGUCCCAUGAGCAGGCAGUACCUUUUCUCUCGACUCCACAGCUAGACAACGGCAAUGAAUCAAUUAUCUUCCAUAGAACAGAUGCAAAAGCAGAAGCUGAAUCAAUGGAGUCUCUUGAGUUAGGGAAGUCUUCCAAUAUCCAGGAUGCUCUGGCAGCUGCCAUUGCACAACAUAACAGAAAUAUGCUCAAAGUGCGUGGGUUCGAAGAACAUGCAUUAAGGCCUCCACCACCUCCUGAUGAAAGAACAUUGUUUCUCGAUCAAAUCAGUAACACGUCAUUCAAUCUUAGCCGUCCUGAAAGCGUGGAGAAGAAAAAAUGUGUUCUUCGGUCAGGGACAAAUAUUAACGUUGCUGCUAUUCUAGAGAAGGCGAACGCUAUUCGACAGGCUUUUGCUGGGAGUGACGAUGACGACGAUGAGGAUGAUUGGAGCGAUUCGUAGAUCUUUUUAAAUUUGAACAUUAUUUAUACUGCUACAAUUCAAAACUUGGGUCCUUUAUCUUGAACCCUUCGUUAGCAUAGAUUUGCUGUAGGACCAUAAAAUGCACUUUCAGAGAUAAGUAUUAUUUCCUUUUUUGGGUGGCAUUUACCUUGUGAUUCUUGGCCAUUCCUCGACAGUACAAUCUUGCCAUAUUCUCUUAUCCUGCGGGACUGAAUAGUGAAGGCGCUUGAAGGUGGGCUGUAUCCACAUUUCCUUCUUUUUUACGGAUGAAGAGACAUUAAGAACUUGCAGCUUGAAAAUGCUAGCCCCAAGUUCUACGCUUUCAUUAAGAACUUUUCUGCCUUACGGAUGGGUUAAGACUUCUGGAGUAAUCCAGCGGUUGGUUCAGUACACUAACUGUGCAAUUAGUAUACAAGGUGUUCCAAGCUGUGGAAUGAUUUUCAACCUGGACGUCGUGGACAACAUGGUCCAUAUCGUCGUCAUAUGGUUGCUCUAUCCUUGGAGUAUCUGGUGUUGUAUAUCUUUGAGGAUCCACGAUAUUUUCUUGUGUUGCAAUUGCAACACUUUAAGUAAAGUUGACAGUUACCUCUUA